AUGGCUUAUUGCUAUAAUUGCUAAAAAUACGGACAUUUGACAAGAUAUUGCUACUAACCUGUUGUUAUGGUUGCUUUAGAGUAGGACAUUAUGUAUAUUCUUGCCCUAUUUUAUACUGUAGUUAUUGUAAAAGAAAUGGUCACCUUAAAAGCUAUUGUUUUUUCCUAAAAAAUCAUUUUUUGA